AUGCUGCCUUGGAAGAAGAAUAAGUUCGACCUGAUCGAGGAAGACAAGCAGUCCAAGCAGAAGGGCUAUGCGGUGAGUCUGAACUACUCGACGCUCACCUCCUUCGCCAAGUCUUGCCCAGAGAGCGCGCUCAACCGAGUGGGCAAUAUGUUUAAGUCCAAGCGGAAAAAGAUCAAGAUCACCAGCGACGACCCCACGUACACGGUGCUGUACCUGGGGAACGCCACCACCAUCCAGUCCAAGGGGGACGGCUGCACCGACGUGGCUGUGAGCAAGAUCUGGGGCAAGAGCGACAUGGGCAAGAAUGGUACCAAGAUGCGGCUCACCAUCAGCUCGCAGGGCAUCCGCAUGGUGCACGUGGACGACAAGGCAAGGAGGCCAGGACACUUGUACUUGCUGCACCGGAUAACCUACUGCGUGGCGGACCCCAGGCUGCCCAAGGUGUUUGCGUGGAUUUACCGGCACGAGAUGAAGCACAAGGCGGUCAUGCUGCGCUGCCACGCCGUGCUCGUGUCCAAGCCGGAGAAGGCGAAAGCCAUGGCGCUGCUGCUCUACCAGACCUCCGCCACGGCUCUGGCGGAGUUUAAGCGCCUAAAACGAAGGGACGAUGCCCGGCACCAGCAACAGCAGCUCAUCGGGGAGCAAACCAUCCCCUUGGCGCCCCUCAGGAAGCUGCUGAACGGCCAAUGCUACUACAAACCGCCGGUGGAGCGCAGCCGGAGCGCGCCGAAGCUGGGCUCCAUCACAGAGGACUUGCUCGGGGAGGAGGAGGAGGAGCGGGCCAUGCACUUUGAAUGCGAGGACAUUCUGGACACGGACGAAUGCGUGGCCAAUGGCAAACAGGAGCUCACCCAGAUUAUUAACGAUUUGGGUGAGAUGAGCAUAGGCAACGAUUUGCAGACACUAAAAGCUGACCUCAAAGUCACUAGACUACUAUCCGGAGAGAGCACUGGGAGUGAAUCGUCCAUAGAAAGCAGCCACGAGCUCCACUCACUCUCCAACGGCUUUGAACAGAUCAAAGUACAGUGA